AUGGCAUCUGCUCUCACCGUCCUCUUCCUCGGGCGAGAUUACCCCAAACCUCCCAUCUGGGUGAGCCCCAGCAGGGUGGUGGCGCUCGGGGGAAGAGUCACCAUCCGCUGUGAGGGUUUGUACCCGGGCAUGGAGUUCUUUCUGCGUAAAGCUGGACACCCGAACCAGCAGGUGCGGUCGGUGCCUGAUGGGACCGUGGCUGAAUUUCCCAUCCCCAGUGUUGGCCGGGAAGAUGGAGGGAGCUACACCUGCGACUAUCGCUCCAUAACAGAUCUGAAUCGCUGGUCAUUUCCCAGCGACCCCAUCGAGAUAAUUGUAGCAGAGCCCAGCUACCCCAAACCCAAUAUCUCCCUGAGCCCCAGCGGGGGGGGGGUCUCCCUGUGGGGAGCCGUGGCCGUCCGGUGUCGGGGGCAGCACCAGGGCGUGCGGUUCAUGCUGCAUAAAGAGGGACGCCAUUUCCCACCUGUGGAUUCGGACGGGUUUGGGGCUGUGUUUUCCAGCAGCAACGUGCGCCGGGAGGACGGCGGGAGCUACAGCUGCUCCUAUCACAGCAGAUCGGAGCCACUCGCCGGGUCGUACCCCAGCGACCCCGUGGAGCUGGUGGUGAGAGAUCCCAGCUUACCCAGACCCUCCAUCUCUCUGAGCCCCCCUGGGGUCACUGCCCCAGGGGCAGACGUCACCAUCCGGUGUCAGGGUCCGCGCUGGGACGUGAGGUUCUUCCUGCACAAGGCUGGAGACCUGAACCCGCAGCGACACAUGGACCCUGCUGGGGACGGGGCCGAGUUCCGCAUCCCCACCGUGGGCCGGCAGCACGGAGGGAGCUACAGCUGCAGCUACCGGCCCCGAUCAGAGCCCUUCGUCUCCUCGCAGCCCAGCGACCCCGUGCAGGUGGUGGUAGCAGCAGCCCCCCCAGGGCACCCGGAUUUCACCCACGCCAACAUCGCCCGCCUGGGGCUGGGUGCUGCGGUCCUGCUCGUCCUGGGGCUGAUCCUGGCUGAGGUGUAUUACAGCCGCCCAAGGGAGGGGGCGGCUGUGAUACCGGAGCCUCCAAAUGUCCCCUCGUGGUGGGUUCAGCCGACGAAGCAGAACAUGAGGUUCCUUCUGUACAAAGUUGGAAGCUCAACCACGCUGGAGGACGUGGAGCCUGCUGGGGAUGUGGCUGAGUUUCCCAACAGCAACGUGAGCCGGAGAGAUGCAGGGAGUUACCGCUGCCAAUAUAGCACCGAAUCAGACCCGCCCAUCUGGUCGCAUCCCGGCGACCCCGUGGAGCUGGUGGUAUCAGAGCUCAGCUACCCCAAACCCAACAUCUCCCUGCGCCCCAGUGUGGGGGUCGCCCUGGGGGGAGCUGUGACCGUCCGGUGUGAGUGUCGGUGUCCGGGAGCGAGGGUCCUUCUGUAUAAAGCUGGAGCCGUAGGUGUAUGGCGCGCGACGGAUUCCGCUGGGGACGUGGUUGAGUUUUCCAUCCGCAACGUGAGCCAGAGAGAUGCAGGGAGCUACAGCUGCCAAUAUAGCACCAAGUGGGACCCACCCGUCUGGUCGGAGCCCAGCGACCCCGUGGAGCUGGUAGUAACAGAGGGGUCCUACCCCAAACCCUCCAUCUCCGUCAGCCCCGGUGGGGUGAUCCCCAUGGGGGGAAAUGUCACCAUCUGGUGUUGGCAUCAGCACCUGGGCAUGAGGAUCCAACUCUACAAGGCUGGAGAUGGGAACUAUCUGAAUUACACAGACCCUGCUGGCUCUGAGGCUGAAUUUCCCAUCGCCAGCGCCAGACGGGAACACGGUGGCAGCUACACCUGUCGUUAUAGCAACAGAACAGACCCAGCUGCCUACUCAGAGCCCAGCGACCCUGUGCAGAUCAUUGUAGUAGAUCCGAGCUUACCCAGACCCUCCAUCUCGCUGAGCUUCACUUCGGUCACCGCCCCAGGGGCAGACGCCACCAUCCGGUGUCAGGGGCAGCGCCGGGACGUGAGGUUCUUCCUGCACAAGGCUGGAGACCUGAACCUGCAGCGACAGAUGGACCCUGCUGGGGACGGGGCCGAGUUCCUCAUCCCCACCGUGGGCCGGCAGCACGGAGGGAGCUACAGCUGCAGCUACCGGCCCCGAUCAGAGCCCUUUGUCUCCUCGCAGCCCAGUGACCCCUUGCAGCUGGGGGAACCGACCCGUCCCAGCCUGGAGAGGCGCCGGCUCCCACACACCCGGGCAGCCCAGGACCAGCGACACAUGGACCCUGCCGGGGACGGGUCCGAGUUCCGCAUCCCCACCGUGGGCCGGCAGCACGGAGGGAGCUACAGCUGCAGCUACCGGCCCCGAUCAGACCCCUUCGUCUCCUUGCAGCCCAGCGACCCCGUGCAGCUGGUGGUAGCAGAGCACAGCUACCCCAAACCCUCCAUCUCCCUGCACCCCAGUGGGCGGGUCACCCUGGGGGGAGCUGUGACCGUCCGGUGUGAGUGUCGGUGUCCAGGAGCGAGGUUCCUUCUGAGUAAAGCUGGAGACCCGGACACACGGCAUGUGACGGACCCCACAGGGGACAUGGCUGAGUUUCCCAUCCACAGUGUGAGCCGGAGAGACGCCGGGAGCUACAGCUGCCAAUAUAGCACCACAUCGGACCCGCCCAUCUGGUCAGAGCCCAGUGACGCCGUGGAGCUCGUAGUAGCAGGUGAGGGGCCCAGCUCCAUGUACCCACUCCCAGCCCCACACCCAGCCGGACUGUCAGGGGGUCUUGCCCUGGUGGAACGCUCAGAGUCAGAGCUCCCUCCGCCCGGACCCUCCAUCUCCGUCAGCCCCAGCGGGGUGAUUGCCCCGGGGCGAGCCAUCACCAUCCGCUGUCAGUGCUGGUGCGAGGCCAGAAGGUUAUUGCUGUAUAAAGAUGGAAUCCGAAUCCAGGAGGUGGAUGCUGAUGGUGACGGGGGUGAAUUCACCAUCCCCAGCGCCAGACGGGAAGACUCAGGGAGCUACAGCUGCCGAUCUCGCUCCAGAUCGGAGCCACCCAACUGGUCGGAUCCCAGUGAUUCCGUGCGGAUUGUUGUAGCAGAGCUCCCUCCGCCAGGACCCUCCAUCUCCGUCAGCCCCAGAGGGGUGAUCGCCCCGGGGGGAGCCAUCACCAUCCGCUGUCAAUGCUGGUGUGAGGCCAGGAGGUUAUUGCUGUAUAAAGGUGGAAUCCGAAUCCAGGAAGUGGAUGCUGAUGGUGACGGGGGUGAAUUCACCAUCCCCAGCGCCAGACGGGAAGACUCAGGGAGCUACAGCUGCCGAUCUCGCUCCAGAUCGGAGCCACCCAACUGGUCGGAUCUCAGUGAUUACGUGCGGAUUGUUGUAGCAGCAGCCCCUCCAAGGCGCCCGGAUUUCACCUAUGCCAACAUCACCCGCCUGGUGCUGGGCGCCGCAGUCCUGCUUGUCCUGGGGCCGAUCCUGGCCAAGGCCUAUUACAGCCGCCCGAGGGAGGUGCCCUAG